AAUUGUUUGUGCAUCUUUGUAAUAUUGAAAAAUUUAUUUUGUUGUUAAUGAGGCAGGGAUAUAGACAUGUUUUCAGCCAUUUUACUAUCCUGCCUUUUUGUUUUUAUCCAGUCAGUAGAUCUAAAUAUGGCAGACUCAUCUCUUGUAUGUAACAGAGGGAUAUACAUGCACAAUAAGAUAAGAGCAGUGUUUAGAGUUUCCCAGGAGAACUGUUUAGUUCCAGCAGGAUCGUGUGAGGAUUGUUUUCAACAGUGUGUAAAUUACACAGAUAUUGUAGGCAAGUUCAAGAUGGACGUCAGUGGGCUAUUCAAUGUAUCCUGGAUGAUGAAUGGUCGCGAGACAACAUAUUUGAUGGAAUAUGGUAUCCAACUCCCAAGUGGAAUUCUACAGAUUUCUUAUGCAUUCCUGACUUUUUCAGGACUGAAGAAGUUUUCUAUGAAGGGUUGGUACAGUGUUAUAUUACAGUGUAAAAUGACAGAUUUUGCAAGGGUCCGUAUUACCUUGAGACUGCCUAAUGGGAACAGGAGUACAGAUAUAUACCCAGUGACAUUCUCAACUGCGAGUACAAAGAUGGUAUCCAGUAGUGUCAGUGUUCCGCUAGCAGAAGAAACACAGAGCCACGUUACAGAACCAAUAAAUGAAGGAAUAAUUGUUGCCAUUGUCCUUGCUGGAACUAUUACAAUAUUUAUUGUAGUAGCAGUUAUUUAUAUGAGAAAAGCUAUUAAGACGAGAAAUGAUGAGCCGAAAAACAAUACAAAGCAAACACCUACUGACCAGGUCACUUCAGAGAGUAUCCCAGAAAGAAGUUUUAGUGAAGAACAUUUACCACAUGGCAAUGAUUCUGUCUCAAAGAAAACUCCUACAGAUGUCAUUCAUAACUGUACUGAACCAUUUAUUUCCGAACUACCGGUACCGGUAUUUGAGCACAACAGUGACCACCAGUGUGUACUUGAAAACAAUUUUAUGUCACAUGAUUAUCAUAAUGUUUCAGAUCAACACAAUGGAUUAGAAUUAGUACCUCACCAACACCGUAUGCCGCAUGAUAUAUUUUUUCCCCAUCAUAGACAUCAGCAUGCUAAAGAACGGACAGACGAAAUACCUCCUUAUAUUCAAAUGCAACUACAGAGUAUAAAUUCUGAGCCAUAACAUACUCCCUUCAGUCUUGUACCAAUCACUUACUAUUUCUACAGAUAAAGUAGUUCCAGUUACAGAAGAUGUCCGAGUGUCUUGUCUGACAGUGUAUCCUACAUGGGCUAUGAUGUUUUGUUCGUUCAAGAUGGUUUAACACCAUUUUUAGUAAUAUUUCAGUUUGGUUACAGGCAGUUGCUGUACUCUGCACCAGUAAUGAUUGCUUCUCUACUGCUACUUCACAACUUCCCCACAUAAAAACGAGGACAUAUAACAUUGUUUGUAUCAUCUGAUUUCAAGUUGUCAUAGAGAACACAAACCAAUCCAGCUAGUGCAUUCUUGUGCAUUAUCUACACAAAAACUGAACGGUCCUCUUAGGGGUAAAAAAAAAUGUUUGUUUCCGGUAACAUGCUAAAACUAGAACUGUCACAGGAGUGACGAAUACCCCAACAGUACGGUCUUGUCACAGAAGAAUGGCAACCAUAAGAAAGACAUGGCCACAAGAUGGUGCAAUUUAAAUCGAACUUGACCUGUAUUUUAUGUUACACAUGUGUACCAAAAUUUAUCUAAAUCUGUCAAGCCUUUUGUGAGUUAUUGUCCGGCAACCAUGAGUUUGACAAAUUUUAAGUUGAAAAGGGGCCUUAACUACAUAUAAAAUUGGUGGUUUGUAGCCAAAGUCAAACUUUACCUGUAUUUUAUGAUGUUAUACCUGUGUACCAAAAAGAUUUAAAUCUGUCAAGAACUGUAACUGGAGUGUUUAAUGACUCCAAUGGUGGAUGAAUAUUACACAACAGCUUGAGUCUGUGUUAAAAAAUACCAAAUAAUAAGAGAGGUACAGAUAAAGUGUAUCAAAACACUAUAUAAGUAUAAUUCUAAGCAAAAAGGGGGCAUAAUUCAGGAAAUAUUGGUACAAGAGUUAUGCAUCUUGUAUCAUAUGAUGUGGGUGAUGAUGUGGAACAACUACUUCAAGUUUGAAACAAAUACAUUUUGUAAUAACUGAGAUAUAGUGAAAAUGCAUCAAAAUUAACCUCAAGUUCUAAGUAAAAGGGGGCAUAAUUCAUGAAAAAUUGGUGUCAGAAUUAUGCACCUUGUGUCACAUGAUGUGGGUGAUAAGGUGGAACAUCUAUUUUAAGUUUGAAUCAAAUCCAUUUAGUAAUAACUGAGAUAUAGAUUUCGGGACGGGACAAAACUGACUCCUUUAUAGCCUCCCCACAAACAUGUUUG